UUGAACAGAGAUUUUUAAUUACCGUUCUUUGGCUGUGCCAACGCCUUGCAAUAAGCCCGUCCGGACCAGGUCGGCGCGAGGUAUGGCUGGACAAAAAAAUGCUGAUGCGUUUGGAGUAGUCCGGGCACGCCAGCGGUUUAGGCGCUUUACUUACAGCGACUUUGAGAAGUACUUCCGCAAGGCCGUGGUGGCGGCGACGCCACGGCCGCCCAGCAAUCAAAACCGAUCUUCCACGCGGGUCUUCAUCAUCGGCCCGGGCUUCGGGAAUCAGAUCAAUCCGCGGCAGAGCCGCAUGGUUGAAGCUGCGGGGUAUCAGAUGCGCUUCUGCUUCAGCAUUCCGAACCCAGAAGUGCCACAUUUUCCAGUGGAUCCCUAUCUAGAACAAGUGAAGUCCGAGAUGGACGCGUUCAGACCCCACGUCGUGAUGGGCGCCUCCAAAGGUGGAGUCUACAUCAUCGGCCUUUGGCGGCGUGGCUACUGGCGAGGGCCCACCGUGUUAAUCAACGCGCACCCCACGUGUCGCCAGUUGCCGCAGGAGGCGAAUGUGGUGAUCGCUGUGGGCUCCAACGAUGAGGUCUAUCCCAUCCAACGGCCUGAGCUCGAGGAGAUCAUGAAGACCGGUGGAAUGAACAAGACCUUCCUCUACUUCACCGCCGACAGUGGGCGUCUGCCCUCCGGGCAAAUCUCGCGGCAAGGGGACACCCACAAUCAGGAGUCCUUGCUGCACCAUGACGUGCUGCCGCGCCUCAUUGACUCCGUCCUCUGUCCCGAGGGCCCUGAGAUGCACUUCAUCCGGACCUGGAAAGAAAGGCUCUCGGUGGAGCGCAACAAUGCGGAGCUGUGGUUAGGCUUUAGCCCAGAGCAGGUCAUGCGGCUCUGGUCCACCAACGGGCACGGGCAACACUUGUUCGACGUGCACCCUGGCACAGAGGAGUAUCGCAUGGUGACCGCUGCCUUCAAGGCUCUGCCGGUGGAACAGCAAGCGUACAUCCUCUCGCCGCCGGAAACCUGGCUGCCGGUGCGCGCCCUGAGAAUUCAACGUGUGGAGAACGGACCACAAGGAGAUGCAUCAUGGAAGCCUUACUACAAGUCGUUGGUAAGGUCCUUGGAAGACCAAGGGGUGGAGUUCGAGCCCGGAACCCACACGUGUUGGGCCUUUCAUGGAUGCAACAACGAAGCGCUGGAGUCAAUCAUCAACAACCCGCUCUCGGGCUUCCAGCCAUUGGCAUCAGGAAGCCGCAGUACAACGCUUUGGGGCUCUGGCACCUAUUUUGCUCGAGACGCCAAGUACGUGGCUGAUGGUGGCUUCUGUGGUACGCCUGACAUGAACGGCAGUCGGAGGAUGCUGAUGUGCCUGCUGAUCAUGGGAAUGCCCUGCUUGGGGGAUCCCACUCACAAGGGCGUGCUGCCUUUCCGACACAAGCCGCCGCAUCGGUACCAUAGCUCAGUGGAUUGCCUUGCAAGCCCUGAAGUCAUGGUGAUCCAGCAGUCCGGGGCAGCGAUGCCCGCCUACGUCAUCACCUUCGCCUAGUUUGUGAAUCGGACCCGCCUCGUCACAAAGAUGUUGCGGAAGAUCUCGCCUCGUCACAUCGGUUCGUCUCGCCCGGUGGCAACUGGGGUGUCAAGUGGCAUGGCAACUGCCCUCCCAAGUUGAAGCAAUCCACAAGAACAGCAACACAGGG